CAUGGAGAAGUAGAUUCUCACCAUAGAAAAUGUGUGAUUUGAUAGGCAAAGGUCUUCAAAAUCACCGGCCUUGGUUGCGUUGUUAGCUACCCAGUGGCAGUGUAUACGGGUAUAUGUUUUAGGGCCUUGUUAGUGUAUAUAAAUCAUAUAAAUACCUAGUAAGCAUAGUAGACUAGCUGCCACCUCAUAGGAGGUAUCUUACACUAGGUAUCUUACAGAUUGUAUCUGAUUGUUCACUUCCAAAGAAGCUUCUCAUACCUGCAAUAAUGGCUGACGAGGAACAGGCACCAACUGUGACUGUCGAAGAGCCACUGGAUCUCAUUAAACUCAGCUUGGAUGAGCGGAUCAAGGUGAAGAUGCGCAACGAGCGAGAACUCAAGGGCCGUCUGCAUGGCUACGACCAGCACUUGAACAUGAUACUCGGAGACGUCGAGGAGACGGUCACCACCGUUGACAUCGACGAGGAGACCUACGAGGAGGUGCACAAGACCACCAAGCGCACCAUCCCCAUGCUGUUCGUGCGCGGCGACGGCGUCAUUCUCGUGUCGCCGCCGAUGCGCGCCGGCAUGUAGCUGCCGCGCGCGUGCUGACAUCUAGCGGGGAGCGGCGCGAAGCUUGGCCCACCGGACAGCAAGGGGCGGGGGGGGGGGGCGGUCUAAGCGAGACAUGUCUCAGUCUAUAUUGUUUUCAUUGUCAUUGGAAGAGCAUCAUACACUUGUUUAUCAUAU